CGCCGCCCUCCGGGCAGAUAAAGAGCCGCCGCCGGAGCCCGCCCGCUCGCCUGCCCGUCUCUCGGCGCUACCGGCAGCAUGACCGCCAUCGGGGCGCAGGCGCAGAGGCUGCUGGCGCAGCGGAGGCCACAGAAAUCCUUCUUUGAGACAUUCAUCAGGAGCCUGAUCAUCUUGUGCGUGGCCAUAGCGGUGGUCUUGUCGUCCAUCUCCGUCUGCGAUGGCCGCUGGCUCUUCUCAAGGGGGCAGCUCUUCGGACUGUGGCACUUCUGCACCGUUGGCAACGGCAGCGUCCUCAAGUGUGUCACCGACCUCAGCCUGGCCAAGGUGGAGGGGCUGAGCGUGGGGGUGAUUCCCAUCAGAAGCAUGGUGGCCUUUGCCGUUGUGGUUGCCAUAUUCGGCCUGGAGCUCUUGAUGGUGUCCCAAGUCUGUGAGGAUGCCAACGCGAGGCGGAAGUGGUCGAUGGGCUCGGUUCUCAUCCUGGGCUCUUUUCUGCUGUCGGCCACUGGGGUUCUGAGCUUCUCCAUCCUCGUGAAGGAUCACCUCACUUUCACGGGCUUCACGCUGACGUACUGGUGCGAGUUCAUCGCUGCCUUUCUCUUCUUCCUUAACGGGAUCAGCGGACUUCACAUCAACAGCCUCACGCACCCCGGGAAUGGGGUGGGCAAAAUCUAGGCUCAAAGGGUGCCUUUGUGUAAUCAGCUUUGCCAAUUAGACUGGAAAAAAAAAAAAGGGAGUCUAAUGAAGUUUGAAAAGGACACCGUGUCUUAAAAUUGUGUGCGAGGAAGGGGAAGCGUGAGUCAGUCCCGAUGCCUGUAGAAGACAUACCCACCCAGCGGGCAGGGCUGGACAACACCAGCAAAGCAGAGACUGGGGCUGGCUGCUGCUGAGAUGUGGUCUUCUGGAGGAGUGGCUUAAAGAAGAGGGCAUCCCCAUGAACACGCAGAGGGGCUGCGACCCACACACGGGGACUCAAUGUUGAGGCUUGCACAAAGCCUGUGCUGCUGUGGGUUUGGUGUUGCCAUGUUUUCCCCUGUACUCGAGCCUGUGAGGGGUGACACAUAUUUGGUGUGUCUCGGGGACAGGUGAUUUGUGCCUGGCCGUGCUCGCUGGCUUGGAGUAGUGAAAAUCUUCACUGGAUCUUACUCCUCCAUUUCUUUUUCCAAAGAGAAGGCACGCAGGUCUUGAAUGUGUCGCUCGUUUUGUUUCCUGCUGACAAGUUCCCUGCAUCUGUCCUUCUCUCUGGGAGUUCUUCUGGGACACGUCUGACAGGGGCGCAGGGAGAUGUAGAUAUCUUGGGGCCAAGGACAGGCGUUGGGUGAUGCAGGUGUACAGGGAAGGGUUCUGAUGCCUUCCUUGAGCAGUGGUGCACGCUUGUGGCCUCUCCCUGCUGUCACCACUCAUCUGCUGCCUCUGCAGGACAUGUGACAGUCACCCCAACUGGCUCCCUCGCAGCCCUUGCAAAGUUCUCUUUAACGGGGCAUUGCUCUUCCUGGUUUCUUUUUUGCCCCUUUGGGGCAAGAGGGACAAGCUCUGCAGGGACUUUAGGUGGGUGUUGUGGCUGGGCAGUCCAUGCUGAGACCACUGCACCUUCUGGGGUAUGUUUUGGUUGUCAGGGUUUCACGCUGGGUCAAGGGGAAAUCUCACCAUGUAGCUGAGUCUCCUGUAGCAUUUCUUCUGGGAGGAGGAAGGUGUAGAUCCCCCUAACCAGACCAAGUCCUUUUCAUCCCCUGAGUAACAGUGGGCCUGGGAGGAGAAGCCCAAAAUUGUCUAGGAAGGAGCUGAUGGGGACAGCUCUAAUCCAUCACAGCUGAUGGAAAUCCAAAGAGAAUUGGCCAAAUUAUAUUAAGGCUGGUCUUCCUUCUGCCAAUGCCUGAGUCAAGGUCUCUACAAUUGCUGCAGCUUGGGGGGGGUUCCCUUUGCUGUCUGAUGUAAAAGGGGAGAAGACCUCAGAGGCUGGGUUGGCCCACCUGUGUUCUCCCUGGCCAACUGUGUGGCACUCUUUUGCCCAGGUAAAAGUGUCUUCAGAGUAUUUCAGGGUUUCUGUUUUAAUGCUUGUUUUGUAUCAGCUGGUAAAAAUGUUUAUAUUUUUGUUUUAGGACAAAUGUUUCUACAUGUUUCAUUUCUGUAGCUUGUCUGAUGGCUAUUGAGCAAGGUUUUCAGUUCCUGUGCGGCAAGUUUGACUCAAUUUUUCACCUGAAACAAAAGCAUUGUAGCACAAAGGCUGUGGAGGCUGUGUAGGCAAGCCAGGAGUAAACAGCUUUGUGUUUGAGAGCCACAAGUCGCAUGGUCAGGCAGGACCUACAUCUACGCUUGCUGAACAUGCUCCUGUGGACUCGCUUGUGUCUGUGAGGACAGUCUCUGCUCCUUCUCAGAUUUCCAUAAUUUUUUAAGAUAACACUCCUAAGCCUGUUUUGGAAUGCAGUUUCAGACCAGGCUGGCUCUGGAUGGUGCCAGUUGUGCUUUUGCACGAGUCUACCCAAUUUCUGGUGAGAUAACACACAGAGCUGUGCUGCCCAGCCAACUCCUGAAGGUCUUGCAAUGUUCAGGGCUCUGUUGGGGUUUAUUGACUCUCUCUCUGAAGGACAAGAACCUUGUGCCCGUAACCUGCCUCUGGAAAGCUGCACUGUGAUUGUGUGCCUCUUUGUGAAGGUGCUUUUGAUUUGCUGAAUUACACUGUUGAAGACAUGCUAGUGGGCUGGACUUGCUGAUUCUUGUGGGAACAGUGCUGUUGGCUUUAGCAGAGCCACUUACCCCAGAGAGAUUCUGCAAGGUCUGGUCCCAAAUGGUUGCCCUUUGGUGUUACCAGGUUGUAGAGUGCCUUAACUAACCGAUAAAUCAGUUGUGGUGCUU